AUGGUCCCCGGGAGCAGCAUCCAGCACGCGGCUGUUGCCUCCUGUGCGCGCAAACUGCAGUGCCUGCGGAUCCGGGUGAGGCAGAUCUCCAGGGAGAGGGACAGAGCGAGGCUGGAGCUGGAGGAAGCCGAGCGACGCUGCCUGCAGCUCGUGGGGCAGGUGGAUGAGCACCGCGCCGCCCGCGAGGACAGCCAGGGCAGGCUCAGGAAAAUUCAGACUGAAAUGAAGGCAAAAGACCUGCUUUUGCAGCAAGCCACCCAGCGCCAAGCCAAGCUGGAGGCCGAUGCACAGCUCCUGCAGGGCAGAGAGGCCAACCUGCAGGGACGACUGAACGUCACGAUGAAGGAGAACACGCAGCUUCAAAACAAGAUCAUGAACAUGUCUGAAAAGCUGUCAGCCACUGAAAAGCUGGUGUUAGAGCUGCAGAAAGAGCUUGACCUUGUUACAAAGGACAAGCGAGGCCAGGCGGAGCCGCGCAGCGCCGAGUCCCCGGACCAGCGCGAGCGCUUCGCGGAGAUCGUCCUGGAGUACGAGCGGCAGUGCCGGGUACGCGCGGGCAGCCUUCGGGAAGCGCUGCCGGGAAAACGCGGCCGUCGGCAUCACGUCGGGCAGGCUCCGAGGUGUCGCUGCUCCCGAGCCCUGGGGAUGCCCACAUGGGUCUCUGGGCCCCCAGGGGAGAUCCCAGCAUUUCUGCUGCGUUGGCCACUAGAGAUGGCCAUGUCCGAAGGGCUCUGUGGAGGUUCAACCCUUCCAAGUGUCUGCGGAACUCCUGUCACUGCUGCCUGCGUGGCUCUUGCCCCUAACACAUCCAAGGAAAAGGCGACAGCGCCUGGGUUUGUUCUUGUACCAGUGGUGGCCACGGCAAUCGGGCCUGGCGUUGCCCUGGCCGCGCUGGGACCCGUCUCUGCCGCAGGGACGUCCCCGCAGAGCUCCCCUGUCCCAGGCAGCCUCCCUCCCAGCCCGCCGCUUCCCGCUCCUGCGUGCGCAGGGACAGCGCUCCCGAUGCAGCAGCUCCAGGACCAGCUGCAGGACCUGAAGGUGCAGCUGGAAGCCAAGGUAAACCACUACCAGCAGGAAAUGGAGUUGAUGAAGAAGAGCUUUGAGAGGGAGAGGAAGGCCAGUGAGGAGAAGUUCAAGGCUGAGAUGACCAAAGUGGAGGAGCAGAAGAAAGACCUGGAAGAAACAGCUGCAACAUAUUGGGCUAUAAUUGAUGGCCUGAAAGAGCAAAAAUGUGUGUGGAGUCCGGAGCCGGAGGAGGCGUCUGAGCCGGAGCGGGCCGAGGCGGAACAGCAACACCCCGAAGGGAUGUGGCAUCCGGAGCGGCGGCCGGCUCGGGAGGGAGACGAGCUGCAGACGCGCCGUGGGGACAGACGGAGCCUAAGGUCUGGCACCGCUCCCUUUUGGAGCGCCCCGCUCUGUGCCACCGCGCGGAGCCGCCUGCUCACGGAGCACCUCCGCGACGGGCACCGGGAGCUGGCCCAGGCCCUGCGCGCCGUCCGGCUGCAGCAGAAGCGCACGGAGGACAAGAACCGGGCCCUGGAGGGACAGGUCUCAGCCCUGAAGCAGCUCGUCGAAGAAAUGGCCCCAGCGUCGCUGAGCGUGUGA